CUUUGCGAUCUUCGCGAACGUUUACGCGGUUUGUUAUGGUCUUGUCCCAUUUGAUCAUUAGGCUCUUUAUCACACGGCAAGCGGUGUGAACAGCAUCUUCGACGCUAUCUGGUGUUCUUUGAUAUUACCUGGUGUGCCUUAGUAUUUCAAACCUGAGUACACCAACGGACAAAUGUCAUAAUGUAGGUUAAACGCAGGCAACCCCAUGCAAGAACGGAGGUAUCAGCGGUAAUUACACCACACCUGAUUGACUAAAGAGGAUGGGCAAGAAGGAGAAGAAGCCGCUGAUCACGCCGUCGGAAGACUCUGGCGACGGCCUCGGUCUCUCCGACAGCGACAUGUCGCGGAUGAAGAAGAUCCAUGACGUGUCGGACGACGCGUCAGACGAGUGGUUCCGCCCGAGUGUGCUGCUGCCGACGCUGGGCGAGCACGAGGCCACCUUCUUCCAGCUGGUACAGGACGGGGACCAGGACUCGGUGCGCGAACUGUUGCAGGACGAGCCGGAGCUGAACAUCAACUGUUGCAACUUCGAGGGCCUUCGGCCACUGCACGUUGCGGUGCAGCAGGGCGACGAGAGCAUGGUGCGCUUGCUGCUCAAGCAGCCCAAGAUCGAGCUAGCCGACACCGUGCUGUAUGCCGUGCAGGACAACCAGAUCCGCCUGGUGCACCUUCUGCUCGACAAGCUGGCCGAGGAUGACCCGGACCAAGAGUUCUUCGGCUACGAGACGAGCUCGCGCUUCACCCCCGACAUGACGCCGUUGAUCCUGGCGGCGCAGGCCGACCACUACGACAUGGUACGCUUUCUGAUGGCGCGUGGUCACAAGAUCGUCAAGCCGCACCCGCCCGACUGUUUCUGCCCGCUCGAGUGCGCCAGCCGGCUGUCCGGCGAGGACCUGGUCAAGUCCUACCAUCGCGUGCAGACCUACCAGGCGAUGGCGUCGCCAUCUUACAUCGUGCAGUCGUCGCCGGAUCCCAUCUACACCUGCUUCGCGCUGCACAGCGAGCUGGGGCGGAACAUUCACAUGGAGCGUGAGUUCCGCACGCUCUAUGAGGAGAUCCAGGAGAAGACGAGCCAGUUCGCACUGGAGUUUCUCAACUACUGCCGCAGCACGGAGGAGGUGGAGCUCAUCCUGAGCCGGCCGCUGGGCUGCGAGGAGGGCGCGCGACCCUUCCACUACCCACGCCUCCUCAUGGCCAUCGACUAUGGUCAGAAGGAGUUCGUCACACAUCCCAAGGUGCAGCAGGUGCUGACUAAGUUGUGGCUGGGCCAGCGCCAGGCCUGGCGGCGCUACAGCACGUCACGCAAGGUGAUGAGCUUCUUCUUCAUGCUGCUGAUGCUGCCGUUGUCAGUGCUACUGAUGCUGCUGUACCCGCAGUCGCGUCAUGUCCGCUACUGGCACUCACCUAUCAACAAGUGGAUGAACUGGAUGGCAUCCUACCUGGUGUUCCUGUCACUGAUUCUGCUUGAGUCAACCCUGGACGAGAUGAGCCAGUUCCGCGGCCCGCCCGACUCGGGCCUCGAGUCGCUGCUGGUGCUCUGGGUGGUUGGCAUCGCCGCCUCGCAGGUGCGCCAGUGCUGGCGACGCGGGCGGAAGCGCUACUUCAGCGACUCGUGGCACUGGUACGACACGCUGAUGACUGUCGCCUUCCUCGCUUCGUUCGGCUGCUGGAUCUGGUCCUACUACGACAUCGUCACCUACGGAAACGAACGGUUGGAGCGCAAGUUCUGGUACCAAUAUGACCCGACGCUAAUCGGCGAGGGACUGCUUGCCAUCGCCAGCAUCCUGGCCUUCGGCAAGACGCUUUACUUGUUUCAAAUCAGCUCCAGUCUCGGCCCACUGCAGAUCGCUCUCGGCAAAAUGGUGACGGACAUAUGCGAGUUCCUGGCCAUCUUCUUGCUCAUCAUCUUCUCGUUCGCGUCUGGCAUGUAUCGACUCUACGGCUACUACAAGGGCAUGGAGCGGCUGGACGGCUCGGGUGUCAAGACGUCGCAGCUCAGCUCGUUCGUCACGCUGCACGGUUCGGUGCGCACGCUGUUUUGGGCGCUGUUCGGCAUGGCGCCGCUGGAAGCGGUACAGGUGGUGGUGGAGAAUCUGCCCGGCGGUUCUCCCGAGCUGCCCAUCAUCAACAAGCACAACUUCACCGAGGCGGUCGGUUACACGCUCUUCGCCGUCUUCCACGUGCUCUGUGUCGUCAUCCUGAUGAACAUGCUGAUCGCCGUCAUGUCCGACACGUUCGAGCACGUGCACGAGUUCGUCGACAAAGAGUGGAAGUUUGCCCGCACCAAAGUCUGGAUCUCGUACAUUCUCGAGCCGCCCAUCCCGCCGCCGUUCAACCUGCUGCCGUCGGCCGAGUCGCUGUGGCGCGCCGGCCGCUGGUGCUGUGUCUGCCUGACGCGGCCGCGAGGGCGCACCGCCCAGUGCUCGGCGCAGAAGUGCUGCUACAUCCCCGAGGAGCUCCACUACCCGCGCGACGACCCGGCUGGCUUCAAGAUCCUGAUGGCGGCGCUGGCGCAGCGCUACUUCCGCGAUCGGCACGCGGCCGAGGCCGAGGAGGCCGCCUCGCUGCGAGAGACGAGCGGCUUGAAGCGCGAGCUGGCGACGCUGAAGGGCGAGCUGCGCGACAUGGCGCGAGGCGCUUCCAGCACCACCCUGCAGAAGAUCAAGUCCCGUGGCAGGCUUGCCUCGUGAGCUCAUCGAUUAUUGUGGUGGAAUCUUAAUUGAGCUUUAUUUGAACGUUAAGUGCUUCUUUGGUUAGGGAGGGAUGGGCAGCUCCUUAAAAAAAAACAGUGGGUUCGUGCCGGGCGUCCAGUUAAGUUGUGUACAAUCGUAUGUACUCUCCUUACGCAUCCUUCUUAGCGGCUUGCAGUUGUGGUGUUUGGUGACUUAGAAGCCUACUGUGAUGAUGACUGGUACUGUGUUAUUUCUCUAAAUGUUAUGACUCCACUCUGAUGUCAAUGUACAUACACUUUAAUACCAAUGUAAUGGUAACUGACAGCCGUCAGUCAGCU